GCCCAAGCCAAAAGUCUCAAACCCAAACCAACACCAACACCAUUACCAAUAUCCACCAGGGCCACCCCAAAACCCUUCCACCUUGCUCCGCUCAAUUCCCAAUUCCCAAUCCUCCCUCCAGCUUGCAUAUCCCUGUUGAAUCAAGACAAGACUCUUGACUCUUUGUGACUGUUGGAAUCCUUGGGAUUGCUUUCAAAACAUAACAUACCAAGUCUUGAAACGUGCCUUUUAAUCAUCUUGGUCUCGACAUUUCCUCCUUCGCCCAACUUCUGUACUCUCGAUUCGUCUGCAGGCCUCAUUUCGACUCGACUGCGCCUUGCUAUUCUUAUUCUGGCCCUCCGUCCUUCCCAAUCUACUCUCCGGCACUCUUCCUUGCUCUUGCUCGUAUCCUCCCACGCACCAUCAAGUCCUCCCACCGACCCAAUUGCGACUUACCUCGAAUCUCACACGGCCACCGCCAGCUUAGCCUUACUCCGUCGGGCCACCGACAGGACGCUUACAGACUUGUCCUGUUGUCGGGCCUCGUCUUCUCACCCCCCGACCCUUUCCUUUUUUACAUGUCGACCGCUGACCCGUUCGUGGGGUCUCUUCCACCCUGGAUCCUCUACUUCUCCCCCCGUUCCUCCGUCCGAGGAUCAGACCUAUAGCUCGUUCUGCUGUCCCGGACUCCUCGCCUCCCUUUACCUUUACCAAUUCAUUUAAUCCUCCCAACACAAUGGCUCCCGGCCCUUCAGACGAGGGCUUUACCGGCAUCACCGCCACCGAUGGCCCUUCCACCUCAGCCUUGAAUGGCGCUAUCGCCUCCUUUCAAAGCGAAUUUAGUAUAACAAACAACAGAUUUGGUGGUGCUUCAGCCUCAGCGACAGGAACAGGCGUCUCCUCAGGCACAUCUGCUACUUCAGCUACAGGCUCAGUUCCAACAACUUUAUCCACCAUCACAUCUCCAGCCUCCGAUGGCAGCGCGAGCACGACUGGUGCUGCCAGUGGGACAGCAGGCAACGCUGCCAGCAACACCUCCAACGGUGCCGUCAUCGUCGAAAACACAUCAUGCAGUGGAAUCUCCUGUUCCUCCGGUCUCAAGGCCGCUGUUGCUGUUCCCGUUGUUGUCGCUGCCAUCGCCAUCUGUGCCCUGAUAUUCUUCUUUAUCAGAAGGAGGAAUCGACGAGCAGCAGGUGGAGUAAUUUCAGAAAAACGACCAAAUAAAAAGAACAAGAAAUGGUCGCGGCACCUGCGCGUCUUCUCCUUUGACGCUGAGCUACUGAUGGGUGGUCGAUUCUCCAGCACAAACAGCAUUCGAAGCAGAGAUCCCAGUCUGCGAAGCCAAAACAACUCCCGAAAUGGGGCUCACAGCGCCGAACCCAGUCUUCACUCGAUCGAAGAGGUCGCUCCUCCCUACAGAGACGCCGUUUCCCACGCCACCCCGGCAAGCCCGAGCCCCCUGCGCAACGUUCACGCAGUCUCAGGUGCAGCAGAUCCAAUUCCUCGAUCUGCAUCCGCUGCUACGGCUCCUCCGCCUUACGGAUCCAUCGUAGGGAACAUAGAGCGAAGUGAGACGCCGGCGUCUUCAGUCAGAAACCCAUUUGCCGACUCGACGCCUGUCAGUCCGGUAGAUGGCUCACCGUUCAACGAUCCCCCAGAAAACGAGAAUCGACCUCCUCUAAGUCGCAACUCGUCCAUGUACCAGAGUGUCACCGCCGACGAUGCAUCUGAAGUUGCGAGUAUUCGACAAGCCCAGGUGGGGCGAAGUGUUUCGGCGAGGCAGGUUAGUAGCGAUCGAAGUUGAGCUACACCACCACCACCACCACAAAUCUAAUCUAACCUCAUAAAUCCUGAUACCUCGCCGGCAUACUCCUGCACACUAUUUACACCACUUUUUCUUUGUUAUACCACACGUCAUCAUGGCGAGGCGUUGUACGCGUCUAUCACGUUAUCCUGGGGAGACACGGUGUCUGGAUUUCACCGUAUAUGUGUCUUGGGACUGCAGUAAAUUACGGCAGCUUAGGGGGGAUUGUCCAAUGGAUGAAAAUGAUAGGGUCACGGACAGACAAUCAGUAUACAUGCGAUGCAGACACGGGAUUACGGAAUUGACUUUGGGAGGUUACGGAUCAUCUCUGAACGGCGCAAGACGCUGCUCAAUAAUUUUCACCAUGUGUGAGAAAAAUGGGUGUACAUGAGUUGGAAGAUGAGAAGACGAUGAGGGAUGAGGGAUGAGGGUCAUGAACGAUCGGCCAUGACACGAGCGCGGAGGACCCAGACUAUAGGACCCAGACCCCAGCAUCUAGGUCGUUCACUCUAAUCCGGGUACUCAGAUUCAUGCAUGACUCGUCGACUCUUUUUCAUGUGACAAGUAGUUAGCCUAGAUUGAAAAAAUUACCACCAUAUGAAAAAUCCAUCUGGGUACUCUUACAUCGCAUCGAC